AUGGAUCAGAAGACGGUGAUCCUGAACAACCAUGUCAAAAGACAGACCACCGACCAUAUUGAGGUGCUAUUAGGAGUUGUCGAUGAUGGUGAUGAUGACGAUGAUGACGAUGAUUGUGAUGAUGAUGAUGAUGAUGAUGGCGAUGAUCGGGAUGAUGGUGAUGAUAAUGGUGAUGCAAAAGGCGCUGAUGUUUCAUGCUCUCGCGAUUACUUAUAA